UUGAUUGGUUGACACUAACUAUCAUGAACAGAAAUGACCAAAUCAAACGUAUACAUACAUUGUGUGUAAACAAGCGUUUCAUAUUAUACUUUAUUGAAAAACCUAUACAACCAGGAAAAAAAUUGUGAUAGUAGUUGGGGACAAUAAUGGAGUAAUUAAACUAAUAAUUAUGAUUUACAAAUGACUGGAAGGAAUCUUGACUUGAUCCCACACAGAUUUAUAAUAAGCCAUUUCCAGCCCAAUACUCUGUACACAUUUAUAAAGAAAAAUAUUAAGUCAUUUUGUCUGGAGUCACUAGCCUCUAUAUGUUUUUCCAUUAUCCUUUUCUCUUUAUCCACAUGAGUUGCAGCUUUUUAUCUAAGCCAAACUCCUUCACAAACAUGAUCAGAUGUGUCAAAUCUUAAACGACAUCUAUAUUUAUCAUAGAAAGGGCCCAUGUCACUCUCUACAAACUUUUUGGUUAAGAUCUCAUUACCUCUUUCCGUUUGGAUGGUACGAGUACGACCCAAAACAUAAAAGCAAAAAAAUCAUUGCGCACAAGCGAUGUUUCAGCAGCUCAUAACUUUAUAUAACCCCUAGCCUGAUUUCACAACAAGUGAUUUAUUGAGAGAGAGAAACAGAGUGAAACAUGAUGAGAAGCUGAUCCCAGUGAAUGUUUUGAAGAAGCUGGUUGAUAAGAAUGUGAGAAACAAGCUCAGCUUGUUAAGAUCUAGGUGUGUGAAGGGAAUGUAGGGUUUUUUACAAGUUUGGUUUGAAAUUCGUAUGUAAAUAUCUCUAGAAGUAGUAGUUUCUUCAUGAAGGUAUAGAGAUAAGAUUUAGAUAAGGGGAUGCACUCAUUGUAUAAAGGUUAUUUUGAGGAAUAAAAUUUAACAUUCUUUCAAAAAAAAAAGUGAUUUAUUCCAUGUUUUUCAUGUGUUAGUAUUGGUUUUUACUCUCUUUUUUGUUAAUUUAUGAUAUGCAUUUUAUAACACGUUAUUUAGAUGAUGGUUUCUUGACUCAUUGGAUUCAAACUACUCGUUUUUGUCCGUUAUAUUAUUUGAGUUUGUUGAAUUAAAAUACCAUGUGAGGUUCACAUAUUUUCAAUUCAAAAUUAAUACACUGAAUAAAUUUAGCCAGAUAUGUUGUAUAUUCUUUUGGGUGCAAAAUCUAUUCCUUUUGUUUUAUAUGGACUUGAUUAAUUAGAAUGAGAUGUAACUUUAUAUAUCUUGUUGUAUAACUAAUGCUGUAGAUUUUCUUGAUGUAAUUGUAUAAAUUUUUGUUGAAGAAUUUUGGUUGUAAAUUAAAAAAGAUAUAAUUCUUUACUGGUAAAUUUUUUAAAAUUAAAAUAUAAAUAUGGUAGGUAUCUUGCUUUAUAAAACCAAAUAAAAAUCUAUACCUUUUAAAAAUCUUUAUAACCCAUGAUUGAAAGAUAUCUGUGUUUUAGAAAAAAAAUUGGCUACGUAAAUAUUCUACAUCACUUCUAGAACACACUUGUAAAGUGAAUAAGCCGAGUCGACAAGCUUUUGGGAGGGAGAAAAGAUCUCUUAGCUAUACAUAUACUAAUCAACAAGAAAACAAUCUACACAAAGGUUUCAAUAGAUAAGAGACAAGUCUAAAUAGGUCAUAUCUCUGUAAAAUUAGUUACCAAAUACAAAAAUAAUAUAUAUGUGUGUGUAAAGUUCUCGACCAGAUGAAUUCUUUGGAGAUUGAAACGGACCAAAUCAACUCAUAGUUUUUUUAAUAACAUAAUACUUCAAUCAACUCAUAGUUUAAUUAAGGAGUAAAAAACAGACGAAUCGGUGCAUUAGACAGCUUAAACAUCUCACGUAAGAAUUGAUAGUUUCAGCUUAAUCUGAUUCAUAACGACAUUAACCGCAUUAAAAAGUUUAUCACAUCUUUGAAUCUUUGAUGGAGUUCCUUUGUUUUAAUUUAUUGGAGUUAGAUUGGUUGUAGACUUGUGGCUAACUUCAUUUCAGAUAUUACAAAAACGAGUAUAUGUGUGUGUACAUGUAUUAAACUUAUCAUUUUUUUUGUGCUAAAUUGUAAAUUUCAUUAAGUCAAUAAUGAUGGUUUGAUUACAUUAUACUUAUCAUUUUAUUACAUGGACAGCAAAAAAUAAAAGAUAACAGUCUAUAUAGAUCAGACGCGGAUUAAUUAUAAAACAAAUUUGCAUAUGUAUGCAUGGACUUAAUCAAAAUGUCCAGCUAAUUAAACAAAUAAUUUGAUUAGCAAACCUCAUAGGCAUAAUAAAAUAAUAUACCACGAGAGAACCUUUCAAACAACUAGUAAUAUUUUAUUCGAAUAAAAAUACCAGCAAAUAUAAUAAAAAUAUAAUCCCUUUGAUAUUUGCCUGCACGUCCCAAAAAAACAAGUCGAGAAUAAUAAUCACAUCAGAUUGAUUAAAACCCUCUCACUAAUCACCUUCUUAAUCACCCCUCCCAACAGAAAAACAUCGUCGGUUCUCUGUCUCGAACGGUCGAGAUCAAUCAUGCACCGUAGAGGAAUUCAAGAAUCCGACGAAGAAGAUGAGACAUACAACGACGUCGUUCCGGACUCUCCUUCUUCUUGUGAAGACUCCAAGAUCUCAAAACCAACUCCAAAGAAAAGUAGGAGGAACAUGGAGAAGAGAGUUGUCUCGGUUCCGAUUGCUGACGUGGAAGGAUCUAAGAGUAGAGGAGAGGUAUAUCCACCGUCCGAUUCAUGGGCCUGGAGAAAGUACGGUCAAAAACCGAUCAAAGGCUCGCCUUAUCCUAGGGGUUAUUACAGAUGCAGCAGUUCAAAAGGAUGUCCGGCGAGGAAGCAGGUGGAGAGAAGUCGUGUGGACCCCUCAAAGCUCAUGAUAACUUACGCCUGCGACCACAACCAUCCUUUCCCCUCCGCCGCUAACAACAAAUCCCACCACCACCGCACCACCGCCGUCGUCCUUAAAACCGCCAAGAAAGAGGAAAACAUGGAAGAAGAAGAGGAGGAAGAGGAAGAAGCAACCAUGGUCGCAGAGGAACCUGCGGGACUAGACCUCAGCCACGUGGACUCUUCGCUGCUCUUAGGUGGGUGCUACAGCGAACUUCCGGAGUUCGGGUGGUUCUACGACGCGUCGAUCUCAUCAUCCUCUGGUUCUUCUUACGGUGGGAGCUUCCUCGACGUAACACUAGAGAGAGGCUUUUCAGUAGGCGAAGAGGAAGAUGAGUCACUGUUCGGUGAUCUUGGUGACUUGCCUGAUUGCGCCUCCGUGUUCCGCCGUGGGACUGUGGCUACGGAGGAGCAACAUUUUGGUGCCAUUCCUUUCUGUGAUAGUUCUAGAUGAGUUGUGUGUGUAGCCAAAAAUCCAAAAAAGGAAACUUUUUAUUUUCCACUGUAAAGGUGUAUCAAUGGUGGAUUCAUAUGAUUCAUUACAAAUCUCCAAGUAAUAAAUUAAUAAUCUCUCUAAUUAAUGUUUUUUUAACUAUU